CAUAUAUACCGGACGACCGACAUGGCCAGCGACUCCGUCAUCCACGCUCUCGCCGGAGCCGCGGGCGGCAUCGUCGCUAUGUCCGCGACCUACCCGCUUAUCUUCCUCUCGACUCGCGCAGCAGUGGAGACUAGGAAGGAGCAGAAGACCACCCACGAAGCCGUACUCGACAUCAUCAAUCGAGAGGGUAUACUCGGCCUGUAUAGCGGGCUGAGCUCUAGUCUGCUCGGCGUCGCAGUCACAAAUGGAGUGUACUACUACUUCUACGAGCGCAGCCGCGGCGUCGUUCUCAGCGCGCGCGCCGGAAGCAAGGGCUUGAACACGCUCGAGUCCAUGCUCGUCGGCCUCAUUGCCGGUUCCGCCACCACGAUCAUCAGCAAUCCCAUCUGGGUCGUGCAGACUACCCAGGCAGUAUAUAGCAUGAACCAGGAGUCCGCCUCGGCUGCAGCGGGCGAACCGAGCAAGCAGGAAGAGCGUCCGGACUUCAUUAGGACGGUCCAGCAUAUUCUGCGCAAGGACGGACUGGCGGCGCUCUGGCGCGGACUGGGCCCGGCACUCGUGCUGGUCAUCAACCCGAUCAUCCAGUAUACAGUGUUUGAGCAGCUGAAGAACUUUCUGGUCAAGUCGCGUACGGCGAAGUUGAGGGCGGGCGGCGCGAAGACUGCAGUUGCGCUCUUGAGCGACUGGGACUACUUCUUCCUCGGCGCAUUGUCGAAGCUCAUCGCGACUUCGUCAACAUACCCUUACAUCGUCGUGAAGAACCGCUUGCAAGCCGGCCAGGCACAUGCUCAACGGUACAAAUCCGCGCUCGACGGCAUUCUCACUAUCGUGAAGGAAGAGGGCGUUGAAGGGCUAUACAAGGGGGUUGGGAGCAAGCUUACCCAGAGCGUCCUCACUGCUGCGAUCCUGUUCGCGGGUCAGAAGCGCAUCUACGAGAUGACGAAGAAGGCCUUGUCGCCGACGGUGCUUGUGAAGUAGAGCCUGAGCUUAAUUGAAAGUACGGCUGGCUAGUGAUAUAUG